UACAUUUACCUCAGACACUGGAGCUUAGUAUCUUGUCACUUAACACGGGGUACGGGUCUGUUGGGUGUCGUUAAUAUUAUCAUCAUAAAUAUAUGAACCCGCAUUAUAUAUUUUAUAUUUUCGAAAGUGAUAAAGAACAAAAGAAAAAACCUAAUUUAUCAUAAAAUAUUAUAUAAAAAAAUUUACAAAUCAUGCGAGUUAUAAAAAUAUUAAACAAAGUGCGGUAGUGUUAUUAUUUUUUUUUUUCGAAUUAGUUAUUAAAUAAAAAUUAAAUAAUUAAACUAAAUUAAAUUCAUUAUUAGUUUAGCUAUAAAUUUGUGAAUAGUGGUUUUUUUUUUUUUUUAACGUGUAUGCUGUGUAAUAUCACAGCAAAUUUAAUUCAAAACUGAAGAAAAAAAAAUUAUUUGAAAUUUCGACAGGAAGGGGUGCGUCGCUGGUUCAUUCGACCGGGAAAUGACAAUUUCCUACGCUAGCGAAGUACCAAAUGGAUCCAGCUUUGGCUGUUUCUGGAGGAUUCUUGUCAAAUGGAAGGGGUCAGUUUACAAGCUCAUAUGGCGCGAACUUUUGGCAUAUCUUUUUGUCUACUACGUAAUAAAUUUAACCUACAGAUAUCUUCUAACUGAUCCACAGCAAAGAAUAUUUGAAAAAAUACGUUACUACUUUGGAAGUUCAAGUGAGUCAAUACCAAUGUCCUUUGUCCUCGGUUUCUACGUGAGUCUUGUUGUUAAAAGAUGGUGGGAACAAUACAAACUUCUUCCCUGGCCAGACAAUCUUGCGCUCUUCAUCAGUGCAGCAAUUCCCGGUAACGAUGAACGAGGUCGUCUAAUGAGACGAAAUAUUGUGAGAUAUGCAGUUUUAGCAUAUGUCAUAACACUCCAAAGGAUAUCAUUAAGGGUUAAAAGAAGAUUUCCAACACUUCAACAUAUCGUCGAUGUAGGUUUAAUGAUGGAAUCAGAAAAAAAAAUAUUUGAAAUGAUGAAUAAAAAAGCAGCAAUGUCAAAAUAUUGGAUGCCACUUGUUUGGGCAACGAAUAUUAUAAAUCGUGCAAGAAAAGAAAAAUUAAUAACAAGUGAUCAUGUUGUGCAGACAUUAUUAGUUGAACUUAGCGAUAUCAGAAAACGUCUUGGUGCACUUAUUGGUUAUGACACAGUCUGUGUGCCACUUGUCUAUACUCAGGUAGUCACAUUGUCACUUUAUGCAUAUUUUUUUUCUGCUCUACUUGGACGACAAUUUGUGGCAAGACCACCAAAUACCACACUACCACCUGGUAAAUAUGAAGAGCCAGAUAUGUAUUUUCCAGUAUUUACAAUUCUCCAGUUUUGCUUUUACGUGGGAUGGUUAAAAGUUGCUGAGGUGUUGAUAAAUCCAUUUGGUGAAGAUGACGAUGAUAUUGAGCUCAAUUGGCUGAUUGAUCGUCACAUCAAGGCUGGUUACAUGAUUGUUGAUGAGAUGCAUGAAGAACAUCCAGAAUUAUUAAAAGAUCAAUAUUGGGAUGAAGUUGUGCCAAAAGACUUGCCAUACACUGUUGCCAGUGAACAAUAUCGUCGUGAAGAACCAGCUGGUUCAGCUGAACGUUACAAGGUCAAAGAAAGUGAUGCACUUUAUGCAAAUCUUGUUCUUGGCUCACACAUUCAUAAUUCUAAUCAACACAGAAAAGCACAUCAAGAUGACAUGUAUGCUGAUUACGAAAGUGUUGAUACACCUCUUGUUGAAAGAAGAAAAAAUUGGCUUCAACGUCAAAUAACACGAAUGGGUUCUGUUAGAAGUUCAUCAACAUACAGUAGCAGUGGAUUUUUUAAUAGAAAUCGUCAUAAUAGUGUAUACAGUAGUCCAGAAACUGGUGGAUUACCACAAACAAAUCCAAAUCAAAAUUUAAAAAUGUCAUUUUAUGAUCGUUUAGUUGGAAGAAAAAGUGUCAGAAAUCAACGUAUGGGUAGACAAGCAUCAAUGAUGAAAUUAAAUUCAGUACCAAUAACACUGAGAAAUCGUCCACGUAUACCAACACCAGAUGUCACAAAAGAAUUAACAGAUCGUGAUCAAAGAUUAGCAAUAUCAGCAACAAAUGCAGCAAAUAUUGGUGCUGGUAUUGUUGGUUGUAUACCAACAAAUGGAAAUUAUCCAACGGACAUACCAGUUGUACAAGUUGUACUAAGUCCAAUACAAGAAACAGAACAUUUACAAACAUCUGGUAAAAGUGGUACAGCAGCACUUGCACAAGCUGUAUUAUCACCAACAUUAACAGGUGCUGGUUUAGUUGCACCAGUUACAUUUACACCAGUUACAAUGUCACAAUUAAAUCAACUUGGUUUUAUGACAACAACAAUGUCAUCAAUGACACAUUUUACAAAUAAUAAUAAUACAAAUAAUCAUAAUAAUAUUAAUAAUAACAAUAAUAAUUAUAAUAAUCAACAAAAUAAUAAUCAACAAUUAGUUGCAACAUUAACUGAAGUUAAUUCAAGUGAAGAAGAAAGUUCUGGUGGUUCAACAAAAAGUAUUGUAUCACGUAAUGAUUCAAUUGAUGAUAAUGAUGAACGUAAAACACCAUUAAUUGGUGAAAGACAAAGUCCACUUGGUUCACAUGGUACAUCACCAAUAUUUGAUAGUUAUAAUGAUAGAUCAGCAAUUAUAAUUAAUCCAGAAAAAUUACCAGGUUAUAUUGUUGAAACAACAACACAAGGAACAAAUACUGAAACACGUGGACGUAGAUCAACAUCAUUACCUGGACCACCAGCAAUAUUACAAAUUAAAGAAGAUCGUAGUAAAUCAUUACCACAUGAUAAUCAAAUUUUAUUACAAACAAAUAAACAUACUGGUACAAUUGUUAGUGGUGGUGCUGGUAUAACAACGACAAAUGGUACAAGACAACGUACUAGUUCUGUUGGUGGUGAGCCAAGACCAAGAAUUAUUCAAGAACCACACAGAAGAAUUUCAACACCAGCUAGUACUAAUGCACUUAUUUUGAGUGGAAUUCAAACUGCUGGUGCCAAAGGCAGAGGUGAAGUUUAUGUUUAGAAAGCGAAAUUGUUUUUUUUAUUUUUUUCGAUUAAAUCUUGAUGUUUUUUUUUUUUUCGAGAGAGACAAGAUUUUAAAUAUCUGCUCAAUGGAAAUUAUAAAUUUGUUAUGAACAAGAAAAAG